AUGUCGAGUAUGACAAUUUGUGCUCGUUUCAGACCUUUGAGCUCCAAAGAGAGAAGAGAUCACGGCGAUACAGUCUGCAUUCGAUGCAUAGACGCUGAAACUUUCCUCUUCAAGGAUGAGAAGGAUGAAGAAUUUACAUUUAGCUUUGAUAAGGUGUUCUACGAGAAAUCCGAGCAAGCUCAAGUUUAUGAAUUUCUAGCUUGGCCUAUUGUGAAAGAUGCUGUGGACGCAAUCAAUGGGACGAUAAUCACUUAUGGGCAGACUGGAGCUGGGAAGACAUAUAGCAUGGAGGGGCCUAGCAUACUGGUAUGUGAUGAGCAGAAAAGAGGAUUACUUCCAAGAAUAGUUGAGGGACUGUUUGAUUGCAUUAAAUCUUCUGGAGGAACAAUGAAGCACUCAAUCAAAUUGUCAAUGGUAGAGAUAUACAUGGAAAAAGUAAGGGACCUUUUUGAUUUAUCAAAAGACAACAUACAGAUUAAGGAGAGUAAAUCGCAGGGGAUAUUGUUGAAUGGAGUAACAGAGAUCUCUGUGUCAGAUCCUGCAGAAGCAUUACAAAGCCUAUCUAGUGGCAUAGCUAACAGAGCUGUGGGGGAGACCCAAAUGAACAUGGCCAGCAGCAGAAGCCAUUGUAUUUACAUAUUCACAGUUCACCAAGAAGUAAAGAGAGAUGACAGGUUGAAAACUGGCAAAUUAAUUCUUGUCGACUUGGCUGGAUCCGAGAAAGUAGAGAAAACUGGAGCUGAGGGAAAAGUUCUUGAAGAAGCCAAGACCAUCAACAAGUCCCUCUCAGUCCUUGGUAAUGUGAUAAAUGCUCUUACAUGUGGUUCACCAGGCAAAGCGAACCACAUUCCGUUUCGUGAUUCCAAGCUUACUCGGAUUUUACAAGAUUCACUGGGAGGAAACUCCCGCACUGCAUUAUUGUGUUGUUGCUCACCAAGCCCUUCAAAUGCAUUGGAGAGUCUCUCCACUCUUCGCUUUGGGAUGAGGGCAAAGCAUAUCAAGAUGUCACCACGUGUCAAGUGUAAUGAAGAUAAAUGUGCUGAAAAACAGGGACCUGCAUCAUCUCCAAUUAAACAUGAGUCAUGCGAGAUAAUCCUUGACAAGUUGAAGGAGAGAUUUGAUGCUGAAGAUGUGAAGUUACUUGAGGAGUUGUUCACAUUGAAUGGCAUUUUGUUUGAUCCUUGUUCAUCUGAAGAGUUGGAUUCAGCAUUUGAGGAUGUCACUUCACAGACGAUUGUCUCAUUGCAGCAAGCAGUGGAAGAACUUGCAUCCACUGUCGAUGAGCUUAAGAGAGAGAAUAAGGGUCUGAAGGAGAGAUUAGCAGCUGAUGAAAGAUCUCAUGCAGCAGGCAAAGAGGCUGGAGAUAAUAAUACUUCAAGUCUUGUGCAUAAACUCCCAGGAAUUCUCAGAUCCUUUGUGUCUUGGGUGAGGUCACUCUCCUCUAUCAAGUUGUUGAAUUGUGAGGUCAAUUGA